CAGCUGUUAUUGACAAAAAGACACACACCCCCACCCCUCGUCUUACCAGAGGUAGCGUCUCUGUUUUGCCGGUGCAUGGAAAAUCCCGCUAGCUCUAUGUUGUCCGUAUCUUUGUUCAGCCACGUCUCGGUGAAACAUAAGAUGUUACAGUUUUUAAUGUCCCGUUGGUAGGAUAAUCUUAAUAGUAGGUCAUCAAUUUUAUUUUCCAAUUAUUGCACGUUAACAAGAAUGGAAGGCAUUGGGAGUUUACUCGCUCGCCUCCUGAUUCUCAGAAGGAUCCCCGAUCUGCGUCCCCUUUUCCGGCGUCUUCACGCAAAAAGUGUGGAUCUGGGCCUGUUCCAAUGAAAGCAGGAUAUCCUUCUCGUCAGACCCGUUAGAGGAAAAAGUUUCUUCCAGUCCGCGCUGAAGAAUAGGCCUAGUCUUAGGGAUGCCGAAGAAGUUCCAGGGUGAGAACUCCAAGGCGGUCACUGCCAAGGUCCGCAAGGCAGAGGCCAAAGCAGUGGAAGACGCCCGCAAGAAGAAGGAGCUGGAGGAUGCACUAUGGCAGGAGAACGACAAACAUGUCCUGAAGAAAGAACAGAGGAAGGAUGACAAGGAGAAAAAGCGCCUUGAGGCCCUGGAGCGAAAGAAGGAGAACCAGCGGCUCUUAGAUGAGGAGGCUGCAAAGAUUAAGGGCAAGGCCAAGGAGGCUGCUGCUGCUGCUGUGGUGGCAGGCAAAGUGACUCGGGCCCAGAUUGAGGAGAUACUGCGUGUCGAGCAGCAGCUACAACAGCAGGAGCAACCCAAAGAGAAAGAGAAGAGCCACCUGGAGACGCCCCUGGAGGAGAAUGUGAAUCGCAUCAUUCCUGAGGAAGGUGUUGUGGAGGCUAGAACCAUAGAGGAUGCCAUUGCCAUGCUCAGCACGGCUGAAGAGCUCGACCGCCACCCAGAGCGCAGGGUGAAGGCAGCGUUCGCUGCGUUCGAGGAUCUGAACAUGCCCCUUCUUAAAAAAGAGAACCCCAACAUGCGGCUGUCGCAGCUCAAGCAACAGCUGAAAAAGGAGUGGAUGAAGUCGCCAGAGAACCCCUUGAACCAGCGCUUUGCCAACUACAACACAAAGUGAACCAACUCCAGCAGCAGCUAAUACAAAACUGUCUACAUAUGCACAUUGGACCUUACAAUGGAAGAUGCCCCCAACCUAUAAUUAUUCCCCCAUUUAUGAAUGUGUUGCUGGAAAAGCUGCACUCAUUUCCUAGGAAGGACCUCCGAUGCAAGGAAUGACCUUGGGACUUCCGCUUGUUACGUUCCGAUUUGACAAGGAAAAGCAAACCCCCUCCCCCAACCAAUGUUCCUGAUGAUUUGACUUUAAUGUGCAUGUCCACUUGUGAAGCAUCUCGGCAGUUUAUGGAUUUUAUUCCCACUGUCAGGUUUUGGCACUUAUGUUGAAAAGGGAUUAAAGUCAUUUAUUUCAGUUCACAAUACACUAACAUAUCUAAUUCUUUCUGAGAAUGAGACUACAGGUAUGUGAUCUGCACUCUUGCCUAUCGUAGUCGCCUCCAUUAACCCCCGAUGACGAUAAUAAUAACCCACAUAAGAAAAUAUCACGACCAGAGCCAGUUGUUGACUUGUAAGAAUACUGGCUUGUUAUGAACUGCCAUUUUGAGCACCACUGGAAAUGACAACCCCUUUCCCUAUGAUAAAGUGUCAUGUGGCACCUGUUCCCCAUCCUAACAAGGCCCUAUUAGGUGCACCUACUCAAUACAUCAAUACUGUUGUUGCUAAUCCUGGUAUCAUGCAGGAUUCAGACCUAAUAUUGCAUCUGCUUUCAGGUUACAUUGAAUUGCAUGGAGAUUGUUAUCGCUUUUUUGUAAGUGAAAUUUGAAAAGACUACAAAAUAAUAUUUCGGAUUUCAAAUUCAUGUAAAUCUAAAUCCCCCCCCCCCAAAAAAAAUGUAAUGCGGGUUUACGUACCAUUUUCUCACCUUCAUGUUUUCGAGAGUUUAUGUAGAAAGGCCGUCUCAUUUAUUGAAAGCAUACAGCUCACCACAUCUCUUGUCAGUCGUGUUUUAGGAGCUGCAGCUAAGAAGUGUCUCCUAACACCCACCACUUCUGUUUCAACAGCACAAUCAUUUAGCACAAGUGGGUUUUUAAAAUUCACUGCAUUUUGAUCUACACUCAUUUCGCCACUUAAAUAGACUUUCAGCCGUGUGCAUGCCUUACAUUAGUGCUCGUUUUCAGCCAGGUUUCCAUCUGAAGAGGAUACUGAAAGUGUUAAGCUGUGUUCUGGUUCUCUGUCCUUCUCCUCCCCAUGUCCAGACAGGCAUUUACUGCACUGCUGGAGCUAGAAACAAGUCAUCUGUACGCGACUAAACUCUGAUUUGAAGUGCACACAUGUUCACUCCCUUACAUAGAUUUAAAAUGAAUAGACUGGUGUAAGGAAUACGUGCACAAAUCCAGUGCUUUUAAACACAUGAUGGAGUCAACAAGUGCACACUUACAGUAAAAAGGAAGGGAAUUGGAAUUCAUCUUUUUGUUCCCAGUGGCUCCUGAAUUUGACUCUCAUGCUAUGCCACUGGAUGACACUCAGUAGACUACGCUCACAUCCUCAUCCAUUUAGUUAAUUGCUGAUCUAUAAGAUAUCUUAUCAAUUUUAUAUUUAUAAGGUGGAAUCGACUGUUGGCAUUUAUACAAGAAUACAGUAUUGACUGUUGGCAUCGACUGUUGGCAUUUAUACAAGAAUACAGUAUUGUGUAGGCAUGCCUUUUACUCUGCUACAAUACUGUUAUAGAUGCCAAUACCAUACAGGUGUAAGAAGUUACUGUGGAAUAUAUAUAGUCAAAACCCUCUUAUCUAAGUAAAUCUGCAUAGGUAGAGUUCCUUUUUAGUUCAAAUGAAAGUUGUAACUGAGAGGACGACCAAUAAAUAUCAUUACCAUAUUUGCUGUUAAAA